CCAGAACGCUCAUGCGUUGAGAGCCUUUUGAUGUGUGUCGCGGACUGCCCGGCUCCAGUAGUACCAUCCACAUCCCCACCCAUCUCAUCGCACAGCCCACUUUCGCCCAUUCUUCUCGCUCACUCCACCAAGCUACCAUGAAGUUCACCACCACCAUGAUCGCCGCUCUUGGUUGCAUGACUGCGUCGACGAGCGCCUUCGUUGUUCCCUCGGCUGCGCAUGCCCGUGGGGGUAUGGCCCCUGUGUCUGCUGCACGUCAAUCAACGACCCGAGUCCGCAGCUCGAUCGACGAGGGCGCUGAGGCGGCCAAAGACGCCGUGGACGACGUGGGCUCCAAGAGCAAGGACGCGCUCGACAAGGGGAAAAACGCCGCCGCCGACCUCAAGGGCGAAGCGCAGGACGUGGCGGACUCCGCCGGAGACUCGGUAGAGUCCGCCAAGGACACCGUCGAGGACGAGACGAAGGGGGCCGUCGAGGCCACCAAAGACAAGGUCGGCAGCGCCGCGGGUGCCGUCAAGGACGCCGCGGGAAGCGGGGCCAGCGGCGUCAAGUCGGCCGCGGGUAGCGCAGCCAGCGGGGUGAAGUCGGUGGCCGGCAGCGCCGCCAGCGGGGUCAAGGGGCGCCGACAAGGUGAAGGACGCGUUGAGCAGCGACGACGAAGAGUGAAAAAGAGGGCGGGAAACAACCCAGCCCAACCCAACCCUACCCCCGUUAUUGAUGUAUUUCGCCCAAGUUGGGCGCGCCUUUUCUUCGGCGUCUUGAAAUAGAAAAGGUAUCUUACGAAAAUACUCCGGAGUAGUACGGAGGAACGCGGUACGCAACGUACGUACUUCUAGAAGGUGGCGACAACGGCAGGUCGAUGGUGAGGAUUUCGGGUUGUGAAGCUUGCUAAUGGCUCAACCGUGUGCAAAUGCGGUGGCUUAUGCCCGGCGGGACACACGAAUUUUUUGCUGUCCUGGUCUUCAUAUUUUUCAUCCAAGCUGAGUAGGCUAGCGCUUUGUUUCUUGAACCGAUUGAUGUUUCGGCACAACCAUCGGCCGCGGCAGAGUCUUGUAAUUUCCCUGGACUUUUGAAGCCGGGCCCUCUUUCGGAUUCCUGCGUGAUGGUAGAAAUAAGGUUCUGCGUAAUAGGUUGUUGCUACCCGAGCUGGUGAUGACAAUGGACAAGGACAUCAACGUAGGAGUUGGUGAGGGUUUCUUAUUGAUGGGCAUCGAGGUUGAUGUCGUCCCUCAGUCAUGCACGUUGGUAAAGGCAGGAAGUACACCCGGUAGUGUCGAAGGACAAGCAUGGUUUGAUAACACCGUCACGCCUGAUCGGCCUUGUGUGCUAAGGGUUCUGCUUAUUUUCGAAGAUGCAGGAGCCACCUAGAAUAGAAUUUGUUGUUCCCUGGCGUCCAGCACAAUUUGAUCUGUCUCGAACACCGUAGACGUCUGAGUUCCCCCCCCCCACUAGGGACAAGCAUGGUUUGGCAACAACAGAAAAUAUCCCCCCCCGGGCAUUUCAAUUUUCCCCCAGGUUACCAGUUUUCCACGAGUUCUUCCCGGGUUUCCUCCGGGGGGGAUGAAUUUCCCUCAUUUUCUGAAUCGAUUUUGUUUCAUCGCGGAGCACAAAAAGCAUGACAUGGGACGGAAUAUUCAUUUGCAGAUCUGCGCUCCGAGCGAGAUUUAGGUG